AUGGGCAAUAUUGCAUCUCCAGUCUCGCUCAGGUCCACGUUCAUCAGCAUUCUACUUCGAGGAGGCGAUUUGAGCCGACAUGAGGGUUCGAUGAUCGUCGCUUGGAUUUCGGGUGCUUCAUCCCAAAUCGGGUGCGCUUGGGACGAGUACCAGCAACGAAGGAAUGCGUCGGAUCCAAAUGUCGUCAACCCCAGAACUAUUGGAGGAGUGGGAGCUCUACUAGCACAAAUACGAGAGGAAAAAGAUGCUGGAAUGAUUGAUCAGGGAAAAGCCGACGACGAAGCUGGCGCCGAGCUAACCACUCGAUCCAUUCCACCAGACCGUCCCACCGACAACCAAGAAGCAGUAGGUGACCCGUAUAAAACAUUAUUUAUCGCUCGUUUGGUUGGUAUCUUUUUCCUUUUCUUCAUACGCGCUGGUGUAGAACGGAGCCAGCCAAAAGCCGCCAAAGAAACCGAUCUCCGAAGAGAAUUCGAAAUGUACGGCCCCAUAGAUCGCAUCAAAAUCGUAAAGAACAAAAAUGGUAAUUCUCGAGGUUAUGGAUUUAUUGUAUACGAGCGCGAGCGUGAUAUGAAGUGUUUGUAUCAUUUCGUGAUGCCAGAGAAGGAUGCCGAACUGACGCCGUCCUCUUACAAACUGUUCGAGGCUGGAAACCACGAAGACUUGGAGGAGGCCUCGGAGGUCGUCCCAAAAAGGAGCCCGACUUCUUGGGUCGAGGCAUUGGCGGUGGUGGUGGUGGCAUGCGGGGCGGAAUGGGUGGUCCCCCUGGCGGACGCGGCUUUGGUGAUAGGGGUUUCCGGUUUCCGGGGCGAUCGUGGUCCUCCAAGGUACUAUGCUUCUAACUGGUCGAAUUAUACAGAGUUUUUUCUGACACGGGUACUUCUAGAAACAACUUCCAAGGCGGCCCUGGUGCAGGACCAGGGAGGCUAUGGUGGCCCCGGGCCCAACACAUACGGCGGACCCCCUGGUGGGGGUGGGGGUUAUGGGGGGAUGAAGCGAGAAUACGAAGGCGGGAGCGACAGCGAUGCAAAGCGCCGUCGAUUUUAG